CACCAGCGUUUUGAACUUCGCAUUUUGUCUACGAGCCGACAACAUCCUCUGUCCUUGUACUGUGUUUCCUCAACGAUAUUUAAUACCCCGCCACCUUCUUGUCGGACUCUUCUUGGCGAUCUGGGCAACUCUCGUAUCUAGUUUUGACGGCUCCCCCCCAACCGCAUGCGGACGUGAGCACCUGUUAGACAACCACUACCAUCUUGCGUGGUAUUUCUUUUCCGUUUUUCUCCUUCCUCUUCUCUUCUCUUCCCUCUGUCCUAUCCUCGCCGCAUCGCUGCCUCUGCUUAGCUUAGGCCCGCUGGCGAAUGGCUGCUAGCAAGAUUCGAAGUACCUUCUUGAGGACACUCACUGGCGAGCGUGACCGACAUCGAGAGAACCACUCUUCCAUGCCUGCGACCACCGACGAUGGCGGCCUGAAUGGCCGGGCCGUCGAGCCUGACGAGCGGACGGGUUUGUUGAAUAGGUGGACGUCCACAGACUCGGGAACACCAUACCACAAACAUGAAAACAGGGCCGUCCGAUAUCCUUUCCUCGUCCUCCAUUUGACAUGGGAGGUGCUCAAAACAAACUACGUCAAUGUUCUCCUGGUUUUCGUCCCCUUGGGUAUCAUAGCGGGACUGGCAGAAUGGUCGCCUGUCCUGCAGUUCGUGCUCAACUUCAUCGCCAUCAUACCCCUGGCCAGUCUGCUCGCUUUUGCGACGGAGGAACUUGCCAUCCCGUUGGGUCAAACUAUUGGUGGACUGCUGAAUGCUACCUUUGGAAAUGCCGUCGAGCUCAUCGUCAGCAUCAUCGCAUUACAAAAGGGCUACAUCCGUAUCGUCCAGGCAAGUAUGCUGGGCAGCAUUUUGUCCAAUAUUCUGUUGGUUCUGGGAUGCUGCUUCUUUGUCGGCGGCCUACGAUACAAGGAACAAACAUUCAAUUCGACCGUGGCAUCGACAAUGUCGUCGCUCAUGACGGUCGCGACAAGUUCGCUGAUCAUUCCUGCCACACUCUACGCCGUGAUGUCGGAAAACAAGUCCCAGGAUGACAACAUCAUGAUCCUCUCUCGAGGCACGUCGAUCAUUUUGCUCUUCAUUUACGUCGCGUAUCUAUACUUCCAACUCAAGUCACAUGCCGACAUGUUCGACGAUACAGAAGCUCAAGAGGGCGAUGAGGAAGAAGCUGAGCUGUUGGGUCCGUGGGCGGCUGCCGUGGUUUUGAUCUUUGUGACGCUCCUGGUCGCGGUUUGUGCCGAGUACCUUGUCGGCAGCAUCGAUGCAAUUGUCGAAAAGGCCAACAUCAGCAGGACCUUCAUCGGUUUGAUUUUGAUCCCCAUUGUGGGUAACGCAGCGGAACACGUCACAGCUGUCAUUGUCGCAUGGAAAAACAAGAUGGAUCUGGCUAUUGGCGUGGCUAUCGGUUCAAGUCUCCAGAUUGCCAUCUUCGUCACUCCAUUCCUGGUCGUCUUGGGUUGGAUCAUGGGUCAGCCGAUGACCCUACACUUUGAGACCUUCGAAACUGUGUCGUUCUUCUUGGCCAGUCUUGUCGUGGUUCUUCUGAUCCAAGAUGGCAAAUCCAACUAUCUGGAGGGACUGCUGUGUCUGGGCAUGUACAUCAUCAUUGCUCUGGCAUUCUAUGUCCUACCUGAUGAUGUAGGUAGUGGAUUGGGAAAUCUUUUCCAUGGCUGAAGUGCCUGAUUGAAGAUCCAUGCGUUAGCGGCAGAAUAGUUGAGACCAAAGUGUCUGUCAAUCGAAGAAACAUACCGUUUCUAUUUUGUAUUACUGAUUGGGUUUUGGUAGUGGAAAGGUAUGAAAAUGAUCAAGCAGAAAGAUGGGAAAGACAGAAGAAUAUCACACCAAGGUGAAUUGGACUGGAGAGUUCAUUGUAUGGAAUACAAGGCACAACAGGGCUGGAUAUGAUUGCUGUUUGGGGAAAACAUCCUUGUCUUUUUUAGUCCAAGAUACCCGCGAGGACUCUACAGGAGUUUGUACUGAUCGGAAACGAAAGUACGCGCAAGUCAAUUUUCUACAGAUCGCAGUACUCGUAGUCGUUGAUUGUACGGAACAGUCGUGCCUCAACUCUAGAACACGGCUAUGUCGAUAGCUACAGAAGAGUAUAUGGCGUAGUGGCGUCAAAACUUCGGUCAAGCAUUCGAACUGAG